AGUCUCACCAUUCGUCUCCACUCACCACACGAAGAAAGGCAGACACACCAAGAAACAAUUGUUGCUCUCUGCAUGCCGCUAGCGACCAUGGACCGCAUGCCUCGCUCCCUAGUCGUCGUGCUCAUCCUCCUCGUCUCCACCGCCCCCAUCGUCCGGCCAACCCCCCACAGCGACAACCUCCAGGACGCGUGCAACAAGACUCUGUUCCCCAAGGUAUGCAUCCAGUCACUGACGACUAACCCGGAGACCCGGACGGCAGACGCGUGCCGGCUGGCGGAGCUGUCCGUGUACGUGGCCAAGGAGGUGGGCACCACGGUGGCCGCGUUCGCCCACCACGAGCUCAGCGGCGUGAAGGAGGACAUCUUGUUCAAGUGCCUGGACAGCUGCUCCGACGACAUCGAAGAGACGGUAGCGCACCUGAGCGCGCUCACCCGGGAGCUCACCGACGCCAAGUUCCUCGAGGUCAAGUCGUGGCUUUCGGCCACGCUGGGAGGAACGUCCACAUGCGAGGAGAGUUGCAAGGACGCGCCCAUCAGCGACAUCAAGAACGCCGUCGUCACCAAGAGCCUCGAGUUCGAGAAGCUUCUCCGAGUAACUCUCGACCUCAUCACCGAGGCCUCUGGGUCCAUGUCCGCCGACGUAGCUGUGCCACCUACGGCCUGGGACGCCAGCGCUCCCGGAGGAUCCUACGGCGCCACCGCACCAGAGUCUUCCUUCGGCGCCACUGCACCAGAGUCGUCCGAGGGCGCCAGCGCUCCAGGCGCCGAAGAACCAUCCACUGACAGUGCGCCUGCGCCAUCGACGGAGGCACCGUCCGCCGACGUACCAUCAUCAUCCGCACCUAGCGCUGAAGCGCCAGAAUCCGGGGAAGCUGGCGCACCGUCCCCGUCCCCGUCCACGGCUGCCGGUGCUCCUGAGGCCGACUCAACGGCAUGAGAAACGCGCGCCCUGUGAUGUUCCUUAGUUGGUGGUGCGUCCGUAACUCCGUAUGUCGACUUCGAGAGCCUAACGAUUUUGGUAUUGGAAUUUUGUUCUACCUAUCGCAAACCCUUGCUUCCUUGAAUAUUCAACUGAAUAAUGCGUCA